AUGGAAAUAAAAGUUAUUGUAAAUGGCCAGGAAAGGUGUGUUUCAGGUGUAACUGAAGCAACAACGUGUGCACAAAUUAUUUAUGCAAUUGCAAAUGCCAUCGACCUGAAAGGUCAUCUUUUUCUUACUGAAAAAAUUGGCGAAACUGAGAGGAGGUUAGCACCCGGUGAUUGCCUCUCAAAUAUACUGAAAAUGGAGGAAACAACAUCUGCGAAUGUAGUUUUUACUCUGAAACAAAUCGACGACAGAUCAAAUCGUAUAUCGCUCGGAAAUUUUUCACAACAGCCAGUCGUAUCAUCAAGCAACAACCUCAAAGUAGUUCCAGAAAUUUGUUUGCAUUUGAUAUGUUUGCUGUCAUCUCCACUUUACUGUUUCCUUAAUUCACAGCAAAACAAUAAAAUCGACGACUAUGAUAAGCGUUCAAAUCCCUUUCGAGGAUAUUUUAAUUAUUCAAACUGUAGCGAUACGAUGUAUCAACAAUGCGAUUAUUUUGUCGGACCUUUUACUUCGACUUCAAAAUUAUUGACUCAGCAAUGUAAUGCAACAACAAGUUUUGCUGAAAACUUUAGUAGUACAACAAGUUUACCAAUAUUUAAUUCGAGAUCACUGAAGAAUAGACCACCACCUCCAGCAUAUCAUGAAGUAAUCGAACAAAAAUAUCAUUCGCUUACGAGGGUUCACGCGACAUCGUCGACUUAUCAGUUGGGCGGUAAGGAUUCACCAAAUGAUGACUUCAGAAAUGUUAAUCUAAGCCGAGAAGAACUGGAACGACUUGUAGAUGAACAAAAAAAAAUUAUUGAACGGCAGAUAUCUCAACUGGCAAACUUAGUUUCCAACGAUGAACAACGUGAACUUCUACAACUGGAACGACAGCAAACAAAUUUGCGAUUCGUGCUCGAUCCUCUCCGUGCCUCGAACUGGCCCGUACGACAUAAGCAAGAAUUAACUAAGCUUGAAGAAGCAAAAAAAUUAGUCGCCGAACUGCAACUUAAAAUUCAGGAAAAUGCCAAAGAACUUCAAAAAUUGGAAGAACUUCGAAAAAAACUAGAAGAAGAGGUUGCGAAUGUUACAAAAGAACUUGAACAAUUACAUGUAGACUUCGUCAGUUCCGAAGACAGUUAA